AAAGUCCUACCCCCACAAUUACAGAAAUAAACACCGCGGCCGGGCUCGUUACGACGUUUGACUUACCCCCAUGGAAACUGCGCAGAAAAGAGCGACGACCACGACAACAACCACCCGGGACACCAAUUCGCGAAGCUGGCUACCACGAGCCGAGGGAGUUUGCCACAGCUCUAUGGGAUACUCCUCGGACCUGACGGUGAAUGUUGGGAAAGCAGACCAUGUUGCACUCUUGUGCUCAGAGACACGCAGGCACGUUGAGGUGCUGGCAUCAAGCAAGGCCUUGUGGCGAAGGGUACGAAAUGCCCCAUGGCAGAUCGGUGAGAUGCGUUGGUUGUAUGGAGUCAGUAAGGCACGGAGAUUGUUGUGUUCAGAGGCCAAUAUUAAGAGGCCAAUGGAGAGCAGAGAAAAUGGGUCAGGGCAUAUGCUUGGGACAUUCAUACAGCAAAAUGUAGCAUGUCAACCCCGAACGUGUGUGUCACCAUCAAGGGGACAAUGAUCAGAGCGCCUAUAAAUAAGAUACCAUCUUUGACCAUCAGGUGGCAGUGCACACCUGUCAAAGCUCCUAGGCUCCAAGACAAGUUACAUUAAUAGCUGUUGACAUUUGAUAGCUGCCCUCAUUUUACCCUCAGUAUCUUAUCAUUAAUGGUAAUCGGAGAGAUAUGGCAGUUGUCACUGUGGGACAAGUAUAGUGUACAGUAUCUUUGUUUGAGUUAUCGUUGUUUUUAGUUGUUAUAUAUAGCCAGUAUUUUGGGAAUUUUUGCCUUGACUUUCCUUGUGUUAAAUGUUACCAUUUAUUGCCAUUCUUUGAUGAAUAACUUGUUCUUCAUAACUGUCCCAGUGAAUGUAAGACAAUAGCAACCCAUGGGAAAAGCAAAGACUACAAUGGCAAUUUACUAACUUUAUUUCCCCGUUGAAUCAUCCUUCAGACAGAGAGAAAAAAUGAUUGAAACCAUCACCCGUUUUUGUUUUAGUCUGGCCUUCCUUUUGAAAAUACACAAUCCAACCUCUAAAAAGCAACCAGACCUAGGGCAGCACACCACAAGGACCUGCCCUGUUGGCUCUCCAUCCCUUGAAAUUUACCAUUCUACUUUUAGACCAGCUUGUCCCAAGGGCCUCAGUUCUUUGCCCUGGCAGACAUUCACCUUCACAGCCACCAGGUAAAUGCGGCGGUCUGUUGGCGAGACACUAGUGCCACGCAAGGCUUGUUGACAUUGUCAGUCAUCAUUGCCUCAAUCUCAGACAGGCCCGAGAGUGUAAGAGAGCUGGUGCCCCUAAAGUCAGUAAUUCAGGGUGUUCAGCUCCUGGCUUCCUGAUGUGGACAGGAGACAGGCAGCAGAACUCUGUUAAACAGCAGAUGUUUUACACUGCGGCCGUUACCCUCACUUCCUGGGCGGAGAGCUCUUCGCUCUAUUAAACAAGUAACAGGAACCAGAAAAAAAGAAGAGUGAGAGAGAGAGAGAGAGAGAGAGAGGUAGAGCAAGGGAGUGUGAGAGAAAAGUUAGCUAAGCUCAGAGCUCCCACAAAUCACUUUGUCACCAGCAAGCUCUGACAAGCACAAGGAAAGAGGGAGCACACCAGGGGAAAGGCAGGGAGGCAGGGAGUUAAAGAGAGGUGUGAAUAGGGAAUUGUGUCAGAGGAGACUCAAGAGGGGAGGUGUGAAGGAGCUGUGGAGGGCAUAAACGAGGUGAUACCAAUGGAUGGAUAGAGGAAAGAGAGGACACAGACAAGACUACAAUCUGAUUCCCAAAACAGCGUGAGCUAAGAGGGACUGUUUCUCUCGCUACUGUUGUCUACUGUUGCUGCUGCUGUGUCUGGAUGGUACACUCAUUUAAAGAGAAGGUUUGUCAAACUUGAUUUUUUUGUUACAGGAGGACAGUUUUUCAUUGACACAAGGAGAGUUUUGAUGUGUUUUAUCUCACGGUAUCAUCCCUGCUUGAGCCGGAGAGCACACACUGUCAUACUGUUGUGUUUGAGAAUGAACACACAGAUAGAGAGACAGCUGCUCUGUCUGUGAAGUAGGCAUGAGUCGGAGGCAUUGAACAAUUCUGGUAAACUGCAGCUGUACACAGAUCACAUGCUGAUACUGCUGAAAAGAGGUAGUGCAAGCGGAGAGUGAUCCACGUUUGUCGAAUGUUUUUCUGUGGGGAUAUUUCUUAAUGGCUUGACUGUAUAGGCUUGUGACUGGUGUAGAAUAAGUUAGUGAAAGAGUGUUUUUUAAAUACUACAUUAUACUUUCUUUCCCUUCACCUUGGAUACUUGAUCAGCGCUGGGCUGACUCAGAGCCCCUGAGAGUUUUAUCUGUGCUGUAAAGGAAGCCAGAGGUCAUCUGAUCAAACUUCAAAAAAAGAGAAAAAAAGAGGGCCAUUUAUACACUUUAGGCACAGGACGUUUCAUUGCUAUCUUCUCUUCCUUAGAGACUUUUAGAGAGGCAUUAGACUUUACAUCGUAACGCCGCUCCUAAUGCCACUUUUCAUUUUGCUGAGUGUUGUACAUAUCCCUUCAUAUUCCCUUGUCUCUGGGGACAUGUAAAGAGAGACUGCCUGUAGUGCAAAACAGCCCUGAGCUGACACGUGGAGCUGUAUAUGCUUGCUUAAAGUAGACAGUAUUCAAUUUAAUAUUGGAAGUGGAGGCUUGAAAAUAUCAAUCACAAGUUGGUCUGUGAGUACAGAACCAGCUCUGUUGAGUAUUUGACUGUUUGUAGAUUGUUUUGGACUGAUGGGUGCUGUAGAGGUCUUCUGAGUCUUGGGGGCGCUGUCCGUGUGCAUGUUUGGCUGGGCUCUGUUAGCAUUUGACAGCUCUGCUCUGGACUCGCUUCAGUGUCUGGGACGUCAUUGUGUUACCUGUGUGGCUGAGUCAGAGGCUGGCUCGUCACUCGAUGUCUGUCUGCCCACUGGGAGUCUCUCCACCUGCCUCUAUGCAAAGAAGUCACAAGUGUUAGGUGGUUUUCACAGCAGUAGCAACAGCGGUGCCACCGGUAGUCCUGAACUUUCAGGGCUCUCCACACUGCUUUAACUGUUCUGCUGUGUGUAAACACCUUGCGUCAGUCACACCUCUCCACGGAGUGAUUCACUAUUCCCUAAGCAUCCCUGGUCAGAGUCAGGCAGUGAAAGAAAAGGUGAGGGAGGAUUUGCCAAGAACCAGAGCACAUAAGUGGUUACAGUCAGGUUGGUACCAUGAAGGUGGCAUUCUUGAUGCUCAUGGUUGUGUACACGGUGGGCAACGUAAGUAGCAUGUCUACAUGUAAGACGGUGGACCUGGAGAUGGUGAAGAAAAAGCGCAUUGAGGCCAUUAGGAGCCAGAUCCUCAGCAAACUGCGUUUGCCAAAAGAGCCGGAGCCAGAUCAGGCUGGAGACGAGCAGGAGAUCCCUACCACUCUGCUGUCCCUCUACAACAGCACCAAAGAGAUGCUGAAGGAGCAGCAGACUGAGGUCCAGACAGACAUCUCCACAGAACAGGAGGAGGAGGAGUACUUCGCCAAGGUGCUGGACAAGUUCAACAUGACAUCCAAAAAUAACACAGAGAACACCAAGCAUUCCAAAAUCCUCCCAAUGUUCUUCAACAUCUCUGUGAUACGGCAAAGUGUGGGGGAUUACCGCCUGCUGACCAGUGCGGAGCUGCGGAUGCUUAUCAAGCAACCCGUGAUACCUACUGAGCAGCGGGUGGAGCUGUACAGGGGUAUGGGGAACUCGGCCCGCUACCUUGCUUCCCGCUUCAUCACUAACCAGUGGAAAGACAAGUGGUUGUCCUUCGAUGUUACUGAGACCCUGCAGAACUGGCUCAAAGGGACCGAGGAUGAGCAGGGUUUCCAGCUGCGGCUGUUCUGUGGAUGCGAGAUUGAGCAAAAUAAGGAUAGCACCUUCAGUUUUUCCAUUUCUGGGAUCAUGAAUGGUAGAGGAGACACAGGAAUGUUACAAACGAUGACGCAGCAACCACCCUACAUCCUGACCAUGUCCAUCCCUCAAAACAUCAGCAGCCACCUCACCUCACGCAAAAAACGCUCCACGGAGGCAAAGGAUACAUGUACAGCCCAGACAGAGACCUGCUGCGUGCGGAGCUUGUACAUUGACUUCAGGAAAGAUCUGGGCUGGAAGUGGAUACAUAAGCCGACGGGCUACCACGCCAACUACUGCAUGGGGUCCUGCACCUACAUCUGGAACGCUGAAAACAAAUAUUCUCAGAUUUUGGCCCUGUAUAAGCAUCACAACCCAGGAGCCUCUGCCCAGCCCUGCUGUGUUCCCCAGGCACUGGAGCCACUGCCAAUCCUCUACUACGUGGGCAGGCAACACAAGGUGGAGCAGCUGUCCAACAUGAUUGUGAAGUCCUGCAAGUGUAGCUAAAAACACAACAUGGCACACUGCUCUGCAUCCCCUCACACAUAUACAGAGAUGGAGGAAGUCAUGUUUGAGACCACAGAGAGGAGCAAUUUCACAGCGAUAACGAAGACGAGAUUAUUGUGGACGAGGGGAACAAAAUAUUUAAAGUAAUCAGGAUCUUUGUGGUCAAGCUUUCCUUCUGCAAGCGCUGCCAUUAUCAUGUUGGAAACCAUGGACUUCUUUAUAUAGAUAUUAUAGAUGAUAUUUUUUAUGUGUAUAUACUUUUUCCUUGCAGUACUAAAAAUAUCUGUCUUGAAAUGAAUUAAUUUAUUUGUUGGACAGAUUUCUAAAGAAGCGAUACACGUGUAAAAGUGUUUGACAUGGAAAAGGAUUAAAAUGAUUUAUUAUUGUAAAAAAAAAAAAAAAAAAAAGUUGGACAAAGGACACCAGAGGACACGAGGA